GAAAGGGAAAUUUCGUCACUCCUAUGUUCCAUGCCUAGAAAUGGCUGUUUGACUCGAGGUAAACGCUUUUUUCUUAUUUGCAUAGACCCACAAAACACAUUGAUAUUUUUAAAGGUCUCCGAUGGGCAAUAUUUUCCAGCUGCCUGACUUCAUAAAGUUUCCCAGAAACUGAGUAAUUCACUUCUUCACGUCCUGCGUUUUCAAAAAUCCUCCCUACAGAAAUAGGAGUUGUCAUGGUUAGGGUUAAUAUAAGAGCUGGAACGAGAUGUUAAGUGCUCGUAUCCAUGGACAUCAGUGACUUGAAUGUUUUGACCUCGUUCUGUAUCUGACUGUACCUAUCGCGGCUUGAAUCUUGAGUACAUAAGGGCGGGGACUUUACUUGAGCCGAGUUCAACAUAGCAAUUAGUCUACCACCUUCCCCAACCCUUACCCGACAGACCUUUGAAAAAAAUAUGUUUGGCACACUUGUAGAUCUUCAACCCUUGACUGAUGUAUGGGAACCAUUUCGAAGGAGACCACUCUGGGAAAAAGAAGAUAACACAGGCUUAGCCGCUUAUCACUCGUGAAAUUUCGUUUCUGUCAUCUCCCCACGGAUUAAGACUGCGAGAGGUAGAGGAUAACACCGCAAGAUUGUUGAACACCUUCCCGGGAAGAGAUGUGCUUACCUGUAAAAAUCUCACCUCAUGCCUGGCGAAUAGAAAAGUUAGAUUCUCUCCCCCUUCCCCCUUCUCCCCUUGCGAAACCGCAGUAGGCAAGAGGUCACGAGGUCAAGCUUCGCGGGACUGCAGACGUAGCAGCUCAGCCGCUGGCUCAGGGCAAACCAUCGUCAUGUGCAAACAGCCAAACACUUUAGUCGUUUCUUUCACGCUGUUAUUUUGCCAGAUGAAGAUCAGGUCAUUGACCUGACGAGAUAUCAGGACGCUCUUUGGUCAAUCUGAUAGUUUAAAUUCGUAAAACUAGUGUGUAUGUACGCGUGAUAAAAAAAAGGAGUGUUUGUAAGUGCAUUUCCCAGGAAAGGAUGUUGCUUAGGAAACUCUACAACUUUCUAAGAAUUUUUUCUAGUUUAAAUAAAGAUGCCAAGUUCAGUCAAUUGCAAGGCUGUGAUGUCAAUAAACUCUGUAUUUUUCAAAUGGACUAGCGGUCACUUCCAAGUCCUAACCACACUACCAACAACCAGCUAGGUGGUAACGACAAAACUAGAAGCACAAGAUCAGUCUACACACUUGGCUAAUAUUUCCCUCCUUGUCGUUGCGCAAUGUUUCCACAGGGUUGUGCCUUGGCAAUGGCUGGCUGGCUGUAAGAUAAGAGUCUCCACCUGAUGGUGACUUGCCAAUGGGAGAUUAGAAAAAGCUGAAACAAAGAGCCACGACGUCCAGUCCGGUACAUUUAAGGAGAAAACAUGAUGUGAAUUUGAGAGAUGAACAAAAACCGCCACUGUAAUAUAGUGAUUGUGUCCCUUUACCACCGUUGUUUGAACGCACUGCCCUCCCCCGAGAUUUCGUAGGAUGACAGAAGAUGGAAUUUUAAAGCAAGACGUUCUGUUAGAAAAGCCAAGUACAGCAGAUAGGACUAUGGCAUCAACAACAUUCCAGAGACUGCCCAAAAACAUGAUUCCAGUGAACUAUGUGAUAAAGCUGAAGCCAGAUCUUCAGGCACUUACAUUUGACGGCGAAGAAGAAGUAGAACUUGAGGUAAAAGAAGCAACAAGUUACAUCAUCAUUAAUGCAAAGGAUAUAAGAAUACAGGAAGCCUUCAUCAUAGAGGAUGGAAAUAAAUCUCCACUGAAGAUUAGUUACAGAGAGAAAGAGGAGCAAGUAUCAUUCAUUUUGGAUAGACCUUUGAAGGCAGGUAUUUGCAAGCUAAGUCUGAAAUAUACUGGAAAUCUGAAUGAUGAGCUAAGAGGAUUUUACAGAAGCAGUUACAAAACAACAUCAGGGGAGCAGCGUUAUGCAGCAGUUACUCACUUUGAAGCGACAGGAGCUCGACGAGCUUUUCCCUGCUGGGAUGAACCUGCAAUCCGGGCUACCUUUGAUAUCAUUUUGAUUGUUCCCAAAGAAAGGGUGGCACUAUCUAACAUGCCAGUAAAGCAGGAGAAACCCUGGGAGGGAGAUUCAUCUCUCAAGGAAGUGAUUUUUGAAAGGACACCAGUCAUGUCAACUUACCUUGUUGCAUUUGUUGUUGGUGAAUAUGACUUUGUUGAAGCCGUUGAUGCCAAUGGCGUGAAAGUGCGAGUCUACACACCACCUCAGAAACAAGAGCAAGGCUUGUUUGCUCUGGAGGUAGCAGUAAAGACCCUUCCGUUCUAUGGCAACUAUUUCCAGUUGGCCUAUGAUUUGCCCAAACUAGACCUAAUUGCUGUUGCAGAUUUUCCCAUUGGUGCCAUGGAGAACUGGGGAUUAAUCAUUUACAGAGAGACAGCAUUAUUAGUUGAUCCUGUGGAGUCUUCAGCAGGCAUGAAACAAUGGGUGUCACUUGUCGUGGGACAUGAACUUGCUCAUAACUGGUUUGGAAACCUUGUCACUAUGGAGUGGUGGACACACCUCUGGCUAAAGGAAGGAUUUGCUUCCUGGAUCGAAUAUCUCUGCGUGGACCACUGUUUCCCAGAGUUUGAUGUGUGGACACAGUUUGUCACAGCAGAUCUUGGGAAAGCUCUGACUCUAGAUGCCAUGAGGAACAGUCAUCCUAUCGAGAUUGAAGUGAGACAUCCUUCAGAAGUAGAUGAGAUUUUUGAUGCCAUUUCAUAUUCAAAAGGGGCCUCAGUGAUUAGGAUGCUUCACAGUUAUUUAGGGGACCAGGAUUUUUGUAAAGGAAUGAACCUCUACCUAAUUAGACAUCAGUAUAAGAGUGCUUGCACGGCAGAUCUUUGGGCAGCUCUUGAAGAAGUUAGUGGAAAGCCUGUCGCCAGUAUAAUGAGUACCUGGACAUCACAGGCGGGCUUCCCUGUGCUGAAAGUCACCCAGAAAUGGGAAGAAGACAAAUGUGUUUUGGAAAUCACACAAAGAAAAUUUUCUGCUGAACCACUUCCUGAUGGGUCAUCUAAAGAUGACAAAAAUUUGUGGAUGGUACCUAUCACUGUCAUCACAAAGUCCAGUCCAAAAGAGCCAGUGAGUACAGCCCUAAUGGAAGCUGAUACAAUCACUAUCCCCCUUCAGGCAAAGGAUGGAGAGUGGAUCAAGAUAAAUGCAGGCACUGUGAGUGUUUACAGAGUCCAGUACAGCUCUGAGAUGCUGAACGCUUUGGUAAAUGGAAUACAGACUGGUACCCUGUUACCAACAGACAGAUUUGGAAUUCAGAGUGAUCUUUAUGCACUGUGCAGAUCUGGAUUGGUGAAUAGUGUGGAGUUUCUUCAAGUUGUUGAAACCUUUACAGCUGAAGACAACUACACAGUAUGGAAAGAUCUUCUUUCCAACCUGCAUGAAUUGGGAAAACUCUUGCAGUAUACUAAAGCAUACAGUCAUUUUAACAACUUUGUGAUACGUCUGCUACAACCCACUUUUAUGCGUCUUGGAUGGGACUCUAAAGCAGGAGAAGGGCAUUUAACAGCCAUCUUGCGGGAACUAGUCCUUAGCAAAAUGGGAGCAGCUGGGGCAAACUCCAUCAUAGCUGAAGCCAGAAAACGGUUUCAAGCCCAUUGCAGUGAAACUGAGAUAAUUCCAGGUGAUCUAAGAAGUCCUGUAUACAUAACUGUGCUGAGCCAUGGAAACAAAGAAACUCUUGAAAGUAUGUUGAAGCUCUACAGAACUGCAGAUUCUUCAGAAGAGAAAACUCGUAUCAUCCAUUCCCUGGGAUGCCUCAAAGAUGAGACACUUAUUGCUCAAGUGCUGAGAUUUUCUAUCUCUGAUGAGGUGAAGUCUCAGGACUGCCCAUUUGUGAUUGGAGCAACAGCUCAAACUGCACAGGGGAGAGAACUUGCAUGGCAGUUUGUGAAGGACAACUUUUGUGAACUCCACAGGAGGUAUUCCUCAACCACACUAUUUGCAAGACUUAUCAAGAUGACCAUUGCAGAUUUUGCAACAGAAAAAAAAGCAGCUGACAUUAAGUCUUUCUUCAAACAAAAUCCAGCUACGUCAGCAGCCAGAACAGUGCAACAGUGUUGUGAAAAUAUUCAUGUCAAUGCUUUGUGGCUGGAGAGGGAUGCAGAGCUGGUGAAAGAAUUUCUCCAAGGCAGAUAUCAGGCUGUCUGUACAUCAAAUUAAUCAGCUGAUAAAUAGUAUUCACUUAUGACAGAAGCUUGGGAUGUAUUUCCUUCAGGAGCGGUGACAAGUCUUAUGGCAUCCAUUUCAGUGUGCAUGGAUUUUAUACUGUUUAAAGCUGCAAAAUUUCAGUGUCCAUGAGAUGUUAUUUUUUUAAAACAACCUUUUUUUAACACUGAUAAAUUGUUUCAUAAGCAUUUACUGAAAGAGAGGUUAAAAAAGGAAAUUUUGAUUGAUGAUUGUUUUUGAGACUUCUAGUGUGUCUUUUUUUAAUGAAUAUUUCUCCUUUUCUUUUUCUUACAAUUAUAACAUACAAAUAUGCAUGGCCUGUAUCUAGUCUAUUCAAGUGCACUUUUUUUUUUACAUUUUCAUAUCAAUAAAGACUGUCAAAUGCUGGAAUGUGGUGAAGUUUCUUCA